CAUCUACUACCCUUUUCUGUCAAAACAAAUAACAAAUUCAUUUCAAAAUGAGAUUCACUUUGAUUUCACCCUCCCAAUUCUACAUAGAAAAACAAACUUCCACCUAAACAUGUACAGAAAUUCGAAUCCCUAACCUUCCGACUCCGCUCUUUAGCGCUUCUUACGUCGUCGUCGGCGGCGAUAAGCAGAAGCUGCCGCUGCGGCGUGUUCGCCGCUCCACUCCUAAGCGGAGGAACCCCACUCCUAUCGCAAAGAAUCCUCCGCCGAUCACCAGUUGACCACCAGUCAGCCAGUUAAUUCCGUCAAACGCUGUAAUAGUCAAUUCCAUUAGCAUUUCCCCGUCCAUCGUCGCCGUUGCUUCUCUUUCACUGGGUUGUUUCCGGAUUCUUUACGCUAAUUGAUCGCUUCUUUCCGUUCUCUUGCUUUCUCGCUCUUUAGACUGCAAAAUGGAGGCUGCAUUCUGCGUCGCGCCCCGAAAUGACACCCGCCACACUCCAGAAGGUAUUAUUUUUACCUGUCUGCAUUUCUUGGUUAAACAUGCUGUUAAAGACUGCGAACUGUGAAGCUAACUGGUAGACUGUGCAUGGCUAAUGGAGAUUGUUGCCCGUCUUUUAUCUUGUAUUUUGUUAUUCCCUUUCUCAGUCUUGGAGGAUAUUUCUAUUCUCCGCCAUUGUUUCCUCGAGGGUCUGUAUGGUUGGUAUUAAAGUAUGAAGUUGGGAAUCUCUGCAUGUGAUCACUGACACUACCCCAAUCAUCUGAAUGCAUUUUCCAACUGAAACGGAGAGCGAAUUAAGCUCUAGUGUGGGAAUACUGUAGUAGAAUUAAGCUCAUCAUGUUCUUGUUUGUGUGAUAUAGAAGCUAACAGAAUAUGCCGAUUCUGUUUAUGGUUGUUAGAUCUUGUUUUGUGCUUCAUCUGCAUAUACUAUUGUGAAUGUUUCACUAAUUGUGUGAUUUCUUGUUUGCAGAUUUUUAUUCAAAAGGCCAUAAGCGUAUUAAACUAUCCCAUGAUAUUGCAAAACCCAGUAAAACAGGCUCUUCAAAUGUGGUGGAUUAUUCUGAUCCAUUUGCUGUAUCCCAUAUGAUUGAGACGCUUGAUUCUGGAAUAUAUGGAAGUGUUACUGAAGACAUGAAAGCCUUGCUUACGUUCAAGCUUCAAGUUUUGAGUCCCUAUCUUCAGAAACAUCCGUCACUUUCUGAUAUAUUAUGGGGUGGAGAAAAGAGCUCAACUAAAGUUGGUUCAGGGGUACAGCCGGACGAUGUCAUUGAUCUUGAUGAUGAUGAUGAUGAUGAUGUGGGACAUUAUCCAAUGGCGAAAAAUGCUAUUGUAGUUAUUGACUCAGAUGAUGAAGACAAACAAGAUCAACGGGUGGUUCUUCCUUUCCAGGAGGUGGCUUUGCCAAAGCCCGAGGGACAAUUUGUCACAGAAAAGGAGUUUGACGACCUACAGAUAGAGAACAAACGACGAGGAGUGCCACAAAUGGUUCCUGUUGAACUUGGUGGCAAGAAAAAGCCUGAUCCCAAGGACGAGCCUGAUAUCAAGAAAGAUAAAGGGACUUAUAUUGGUGUCGCUGAUGAUGAUAAUGAUUCUGAAACUAUUGACGAUGGUCUGGGAGAUAUUUGGAAUGAGAUGUCCCUGGCCAUGGAAUGUGCCAAGGAAGACAUGGAGCAUCAUCCCUCUGAUGAUUACAUGGAAGAUGACGAUGAGUUAUGCGACCAUUCUUUCAUCUUAAAGGAUGAUAUUGGCUAUGUUUGCCGCAUCUGUGGAGUUAUUGAGCGAGGGAUUGAGAGCAUAAUUGAAGUCCAAUUUUAUAAGGCAAAAAAGAGCACAAGAACAUAUAUAAGUUCACGGACAGAAAAGGACCGAGACCAAAAAGAGGCAAUUAGAAUUCAACUAUCAGAAGAAGAUAUGAUGGUGACUGAAAUUGCUGCCCACCCAAGGCACUUGAAAGUGAUGAAACCACAUCAAAUUGAAGGUUUCAAUUUCCUUUGCAGUAAUUUGGUCUCGGAAAACCCCGGAGGAUGCAUAUUGGCUCAUGCACCUGGGUCUGGGAAGACAUUCAUGAUAAUCAGUUUUAUGCAAAGCUUUCUAGCUAAAUAUCCUCACGCAAGACCCUUGGUGGUGCUCCCAAAAGGAAUAUUAUCUACAUGGAAGACAGAAUUUAAAAGAUGGGAAGUUGAGAAUAUUCCAUUGCUCGACUUCUACACCAUGAAAGCUGAUAGUAGACAUCAGCAGUUGGACAUUUUAAAGCAGUGGCUGGAGGAGAAGAGCAUUCUGUUCUUGGGUUACAAGCAGUUCUCCUCAAUCAUUUGCGAUAGUGGGAGCUCGGUUGCAACCAGCUGUCAAGAGAUACUUCUUAAACGACCUUCGAUCCUGAUUCUGGACGAGGGACACACUCCCCGGAAUGAACACACUGACGUAUUGCAAUCUCUUGCAAAAAUUCAGACUCCUCGAAAAGUCGUGCUUUCCGGAACCCUGUAUCAGAAUCAUGUGAAGGAGGUGUUCAAUAUUUUGAACCUUGCACGUCCCAAGUUCCUGAGGCUAGACAGUUCAAAGGGCAUUGUGAAGCGGAUCAUGAGUAAAGUAAACAUCUCGGGUCUGAAGAAACAAAUUAAAGUAGGUGCUGAUGCAACUUUCUUUGAACUUGUUGAGCACACAAUUCAAAAGGAUCCCGAUUUCAACAGAAAAGUGUCGAUUAUCCGAGACCUUCGUGAGAUGACUAGCAAGGUCCUUCAUUAUUACAAAGGAGAUUUCUUGGACGAACUUCCUGGACUGGCCGAUUUCACUGUGGUGCUUAACCUCAGCUACAGACAAAAACACGAGGUCAAGGAGUUGAAGAAGCUUGCGAGGAAGUUCAAGAGAAGUUCUGUUGGUAGUGCUGUUUAUCUGCACCCCAAACUGAUCACUGUCUCUGAAAGUGUCGGAGUGACGGAUGGCAAGAUGGACGAGCUUUUGGAAACUCUGAACCUAAGGGAUGGGGCGAAAGCGAAGUUCUUUUUCAACAUGUUGGGGUUAUGCGAGUCCACAGGAGAGAAAUUAUUGGUGUUCAGUCAGUACCUCACUCCAUUGAAGUUUCUGGAGAGGUUAGUGGUGAAUGCGAAAGGGUGGACGAUGGGGAAGGAGAUAUUUGUGAUCUCGGGUGAAUCGAGUUCUGACCAGAGAGAGUGGUCCAUGAACCAGUUCAACAAGUCUCCUGAUGCUAAAGUCUUCUUCGGAUCGAUUAAGGCUUGUGGAGAGGGCAUAUCGUUGGUUGGGGCAUCGCGGAUUCUGAUCCUGGAUGUUCAUCUCAAUCCAUCCGUGACCCGCCAGGCUAUAGGGCGUGCAUUCCGACCUGGUCAGACCAAGAAAGUGUAUGCAUACCGCUUGGUUGCUGCUGAUUCGCCUGAGGAGGAAGACCACAGUGCUUGCUUCAGGAAGGAGGCGAUUGCCAAAAUGUGGUUCGAAUGGCACGAGUAUUGCGGUUACCAGAAUUUUGAAGUGGAAAAAAUCGAGUUGGAAGAGUCUGAUGAUCCCUUCUUGGAGAGUCCUCUGUUGAGGGAAGAUAUUAGGGUUCUGUACAGAAGGUGAUCUUGAUCAAGAAAAUGGCCCCAAGUUGUUGAGAAGGCCAGCCGGCUUUCCAGUUUUCCAGCCUGCUAUGAUCCUGAUGCGAUCUGUUACUUCCCUUGCCUCUUUUUGCUCAACCUGACUGAAUUGGAGCAGGAAGUUGUCUAUCCUUAAGCCUUGCAAAAAUUCCUCCCGACUUCUUUCAUGGCGGAUCGGUCAUAGAUAUCUAUCAGAUAACUGAUCCACUGUGUUAAUUUUUCCCUGCUGUGUUCAUAGAAUGAACAUGAAUUCUGAAACAUGUAAAUGGUAUUCGGGUUUUCAAGAAUUCAGCUUGUAAACGUUUGGCUCUCUGUUCACUUCCCAUUACAUUUCCUGCUUCUUGUCCCCGCAACAAAACUUUUUGGAAACCCAGAUGAGAAAACGUGUUUAAACGCAAAUGAAACGCGCUUGCACGUGUUCAUAUUUUCCUUUGUGGAAUGUGUUUUAACGUUUUGAGGAAAUUAUGUGACUCUAAAAAGAGUAGAUUUCCAACAAAAAUCAGUGUUUGCAAAAGCAAUUCGUACCAACAAUUUGAUCGAAAAAAAUUGUCUACCGAAAUUUAAAUCGACAUACGAUUUUAAUAGCAUAAAAUUAUUGUUAAUUUUGGUACAACCUCCGGUUCGAUUUUACGAUUCGAGUCUACAUCUCGAUUAAUGAGUCGGGGAUUCGAAUUAGGGAUGGCAAUGGGGCGGGUUUGGGGCGAGUUUGCUUAAACCAUCCCCAUACCCAUCUUCAAAUAUCCAAACCCAUACCCGCCCCAUACCCAUGCGGGGGAAUGUUUUGCAAACCCAUCCCCAUACCCGUGGGUUUCGGGUACCCAUGGGUAAUACCCAUACCCGUACAUCCAACAUUAUUAUACCUAAAACUUACAAGAAAAGUUCUAAUUAUAACUCUAAACGAACAUAUUAUAUCAUGAAGUCAACAAAACACGGUCAUUUUUUAAUAUGGUUCAAAGAUUAUGAUCCUAAAAUAUCCAUUAAUACAUAAUAUAGAGUAUAAUAUUUUUCAAAUUAUUAUGUUCUAACUCUGAUACAUCUACUAAAUAAUAAUUAACUAACAUAAUCUUGUUGACAAGGGGGAAAGUGAAAGAGUGAAAUGAGAAUUGAGAGAAUUGAAUUAGAUUUUGAUUAAGGUGGUCACUCAAUUGCAUUUCUACUAUUUAUUUUCUCAAGUUAUCCUCAUCAUCAUUGAUAGAUUAUAAUUUGAUGCACAUAUUUUUUUAUAUAUGAAGAAAGUAUCUUGGUGGGC